GAAAAUCCAAACUAAUAAUAAAGGUAGAAAUUCAACCAACAGUAAUUACAGGCGUUUUUAAAUCGGAACCAAACAAAAGCUGUUACAUCUUAGAAGCGUCCCGUCCGUAUCAAUAGAAGUCAGUUUUCAGUGCCUAUACCUACUCUUUGCCCUUUCUUUUGAAGUUUGAAAAUUCUUUUUCGGUGAGCAAUGAGCAUUGUUGUUUUUGGAGUAUUAAGACUAGAGGUUAUAAUUAUGCAGUGAAAAUUGUCUUGUUAAAUUAAUGUUAUCUGAUAUACUUGGGCUAUAGAAAUUUUAAUUAUACUAUUAUGGCUUCGAUUUCAAUGGCUCCGGCACCGGGGAUGCAGCAGAUUGACCUGUCAAAGCUGAAUAUUGGACAGUUGGCUCAACUUAAACAGCAAGUGGAUCAUGAUCUUCAAGUCUUCCAAGAGUCUUUACAAGCGCUAAAGAUAGCACAAGGCAAAUUUGUGGACUCCGGGGAAACUGUUGAGAAGCUAACUCCGUCUACAAAGGGGAAGACCAUCCUCGUUCCUCUGACUAGCUCUAUGUAUGUGUCUGGAACAAUAGCAGAUACUGAAAAUGUUAUUAUUGAUAUUGGAACUGGAUACUAUGUGCAAAAAGAUAUUGAUGGAGCGAAAGAUUAUUUCAAACGGAAAGUUGCGUUUGUAACAGAACAGAUGGAAAAAAUCCAAGUUUUAGGUAUAGAGAAGACAAAAGUAAAGGAUGCUAUUUGCAUGAUGAUGGAAAUGAAAUUGCAAGCGCAGGCUGAGACCCAGAAAGCCUCAUCAUCAUAAUAUUUACUGAGAAAACUUAAAUGCUUUUAUUUAACACUUUGUUAGUCUAACAAACUACAGUCGACAGUUAAAUGUGGUUUAGUUGUAACUCAAGUCAAGAUAACCUUAGCACUAGUAUUGAGUUGAAAGUCGAUUUUCUGAUUAUUCAUAUUUAUUUAAUAUUAUUCUUUGAAAAUGAACUGCUCAACACCAUGUCAAGUUUUAUUAUCACAAUAACAUAAUUUUGUUAAAAAUCAAAAAUUAUUAAAAUUAA